GUCAAAAAUAUCUUAAAAUUAAUUUAAAAAAUUUUCUUCAACAUGAAAAAAAUUAUUUUAUUAAAAAAGCCUGUGAAGCCUCAAGAAGAAAAGGAAAUAACUUACAAAACACACCUUUGUUCGUAUGAAAAUGCACCGAUCCAUCUGAAAUUCAAUCCAUACAUUCUGAACGGGUAUCGUUCAAAACUCACAAUAAAAUUAUGUUUGGAAAGUAUCUUUUGGUGGACAAAUGAAACGAUAAAUAUUUGGACUCACCUUUUUGGAUGCAUUUAUUUUGCGGUUCUCAGUUACGCAGACAUGAAAUUUCUCAGCGUUCAUGCCGAUUUAAUGGAUUAUUUGAUAAUAAUUGGAUGUCUUUUCUGUUUUGAGAUUUGCUUGAUUUCAUCGACAAUUUAUCACACAUUUUCCUGUCGAUCGUCGAAUGUGUACGAAUGUUUACUAACAUUCGAUCUCUUCGGAAUUGCUUUGUCAUUAUUUGCUAUUUUUACGAGUGGAAUUUAUUAUGCAUUUUGGACUGAAAACGAAACACGCAACUUUUACAUGUGCACUGUUGCAAUAUUAUUCACGAUUGCGAUGAUUGUUCAAAUUCCUCGCUUAGACAUUCAUAAUAAUAUUAAAAUGUUGUCUUUAAUUUCAUGGGCAGUUUUUGGGAUUGUUCCUGCGUUUCAUUGGUACCUCAAAAUGGGUGGAUUUGAAAAUAAGAUGGUUGAGCUUUUUAUUCCUCGGAUAAUUGGAAUUUACAUUAUUUCUGGUUUAGCUUUUGUUAUUUAUAUGGCACGUAUUCCAGAACGAUGGUUUGCAGGGAAAAUGGACUUUUUAGGACAUUCGCAUAAUUUGUGGCAUAUUUUAGUGCUAAUUACUUUUAAUUAUUGGCAUAACACAGGAGUUAUGUAUGCUGUUUUUAUGUUGGAUCGCGGAUGCAUUGAUGAUAGAGACAAGUGUUAUUUAUUAACUUAA